ACCGGGAUCUGCCCCGUGCGCAGGGAGCUCUACACGCAGUGCUUCGAUGAACUGAUCCGUGAAGUUACCAUUAACUGUGCGGAGCGGGGGCUGUUGCUGCUCCGAGUCAGGGAUGAAAUCCAGAUGACCAUUGCAGCGUACCAGACGCUGUACGAGAGCAGUUCUGCGUUUGGCGUGCGGAAGGCGCUGCAAGCCGAGCAAGGCAAAUCUGACAUGGAAAAAAGAAUUGCAGAGCUAGAAGAAGAAAAGCGGGAGCUGGAGAGACAAGUGAGUGAACAGAAAGCUAAAUGUGAAGCUAUUGAAAAAAGUGAAAAUGAGAAGCGAAUGAUAGAAGAAAAGCAGCACGCGGAAGAGAUUCAGUUCCUGAAACGAAUGAAUCAACAGCUGAAGGCCCAACUUGAAGCCAUCACUGCAACCAAGUAG